GAAAUGGUCCUACCACCAACCCUGGCCCCGCAACGCUUCCGGGUGCGAACUGCGUGAACUGGUGCCAGUGGGUGCCGGCCCUCUCUUGGCAGUACACUCCUGCAUGCCGCACCUGCUCCCAGGGAUCUAACCACCCUGUUGUUCCCGCACCGCCGGUUGGGAAUAGGACCUGCGUGAAGUGGUGCCAGUGGGUUCCCACGCUUUCUUGGCAGCACACUCCGGACUGCCGAGGGUGCUCCAGCUUCAAUAUCACAACACCGGCCCCAGUGGCUCCUGCAGGGAACAGCUGUGUGGGUUGGUGCAGGUGGGUUCCCACAGCCUCUUGGCAAUAUACUCCGGAUUGUCACGGCUGUUCGGGACUGAAGCCAG